AUGCCCUUCAAACCAUCCGCAACAGAACUGCCAACAGAAGCCCACACAUCAACCAAAUCCCAAUCCCAAUCCCGCUCCCCCCUCGAUGAAACAAAACAUCAACCCCCCAAACAUCUCUACUUCGCCUACGGCUCCAACCUCUCUCCAACACAGAUGAAAUCCCGCUGCACGGUAGACCCAGAAUCAUCCUCCAAACCACUGGCAAUAGCAACCCUCCCGCACUGGCGCUGGUUCAUCUGCGAGGCUGGAUACGCCAAUGUCCUCCCCCCGGCGGGACUGCGUGUCCCGAGUCAGGAUUCCGAUAUUGCGGCUCAGGUUCCUAUUUCGGGACCGGAGGAUUUGGUGUAUGGGGUUCUUUAUUCCAUGGAUCCGGGGGAUGAGGGGAUUCUGGAUACCUAUGAGGGGGUGGAUGUGGAGUCGGACGAGUCCCAGGGGGAGUGGGUUGGGGUGGAUGUUCGGCCUCGGGAACAGGGAGACGGGUCCUAUAAUAAGUGGUAUGUGGAGGCUGCGGUGGUGAAGUGGUUAGAGGGGGACGGGCGUGGAUAUGAAGAAAAGGUGCCGGUUUUGGUUUAUGUGGAUGAGCAGUGCGUGAGGCUUGCGGGGCCUAAGGUUGAAUACAUUGCUAGGAUGAAUAGAGCUAUUCGGGAGUCGACGGGGUUGGGAAUUCCACUGCAGUGGGUGGAUGCGGUUAUGAGGAGGUUCAUUCCAAAGGAUAGAGACUAG